UUCGGGUAGCGACCUUGGACGAAACCGGUGUUUGGUUGGACGCUGUUGUAUCAGGAAGUGUCAAACAUCCAAUGACAAGCGAAUUCUUGUUUCCACUGCGCUGAUCCACCGAUAUAUGGUUUAUCCAGCAGAAAAGACAAAUUGAGCGCACAAGGUGCCUCUGUUCUCGAACGCACUCUCUCCCGGACCUGACAGUUUGAAGAACUCGGUCAGAGUAAAAUGGACUGGCUGUACCCACGAUUUCACAAGGAGUCCCUAGCUCAAAUUCUCUGUCGUUUGGGAUUGUUCGUGAUCUGUAUGGGAAUGGUGUUGACCAUGUCCAUGUAUCCCAUGCUGAGGGCCCUGUGUGUCCAGCUCCAUUCUGCCUUCACGGGGAGCUACGUACCUGGACACCACUCGGUCCUACUCAUCAACUGCCCCAAUGAACAGGCAGCCAAGGACAUAGGCAGAGCCCUUAUGGAGAGGAGGAUGGCAGCAUGCAUCAAUAUUCUGCCCAGGACUUCUACGAUGUAUUACUGGAAAGGAGAGGUUCAAGAAGCGACAGAAAUUCUGAUGUUUGUGAAGACAAGGACCUCUAAGAUUCAGAGGGUCACAGACUUUGUCAAAUCUGUCCAUCCCUAUGAGACUCCAGAGGUGCUGAGUUUUCCAGUUGAGGACGGGAGCCUGCCAUAUAUGAAAUGGAUGGACGAGGCCGUUCCUGACGACUGACGAAUGAGGGAGCAUAAUAUCCCCAAUGGACUGUGAUCUUAUUGGAUGUGAAUCUCCAAUCGGUUGAUUAACAGGAAAGUUAGGCCACAGGGAUUGGCUAGGAACCAGGAAGCUUUGGAUUAGAUCGAGGGGUCCAAAGUUUAACUCAUGCUUUUGAACUCUCAAUCCACAGAUGAUAACGGAUUAGCUCCCACCAGAGGGGCAUACAGUGCCUUGCAAAAGUAUUCAUCCCCCUUGGCGUUUUUCCUAUUUUGUUGCAUUACAACAUGUAAUUUAAACUGAUUUUUAUUUGGAUUUCAUGUAAUGGACAUACACAAAAUAGUUAAAAUUGCUGAAGUGAAAUGAAAAAAAAUUACUUGUUUAAAAAAAAUAUAAAAAAAAUGGAAAAGUCGUGCAUGCAUAUUGUCACGUCCUUACCUUAAUUCCUUUUUUUAAUGUCUCUAUUUUAGGUUGGUCAGGGUGUGAGUUGGGUUGGGCAUUCCAUGUUUUGUUCUAUGUUUGUAUUUCUAUGUGUUUGGCCUGGUAUGGUUCCCAAUCAGAGGCAGCUGUCAAUCGUUGUCUCUGAUUGAGAACCAUACUUAGGCAGCCUGUUUUCUCCCUUGAGUUGUGGGUAGUUGUUUUCCGUCUCUGUACCAGACAGGACUGUUUUGUUUGUUCCGUUUUGUUAUUUUUGUUCUAGUGUUCAGUGUAAUUAAAAGAUAAUGAACACGUACGACGCUG